AUGAGACUUAUCUUUCUUGUCGCCACCCUCGCGCAGGCAUCUGCCGCCAUAGGGGGCUUGCAACAUCCCCUGCAGAGUCUACAUUCUAGGCCAGACUACCCAUCACGAUUGAUCAACCUACAUAAAUCACUCGUCGAAAGACCCUCUAUCACAGGCUCCGAAAAGAAUGUGACUGAGUUCUUGACAGCCUAUCUCCAGGAUGCUGGUUUCACAGUUGAAACUCAACCUCUCGAAAACAACCAAGAAAACAUCUUGGCCUACUUCAACAGCUCAAGGCAAACCCGAGUCCUCGUCACCUCGCAUUUGGAUACCGUCCCUCCAUACUGGCCCUAUGAGAGACAUGGUGAUGUGAUACGAGGGCGAGGAACAGUUGAUGCCAAAGGCAGCGUGGCAGCCCAAGUCAUUGCCGUUGAAUCGCUCCUUGACGGUAACCGAAUCACUGAGGGUGACGUGGCCUUGCUCUUCGUGGUGGGAGAGGAAAAGGGAGGCCCUGGAAUGCGGGAUGCAAACGAUCUCGGCCUCUCUUGGGAGACAGUCAUCUUUGGAGAGCCCACAGAACUCAAGCUUGCUCGUGGGCAUAAGGGAGGAUUGGGGUUCACUGUAAAGGCGAACGGCAAGGCCGGUCACUCGGGAUACCCUGAAACCGGUUCAAAUGCCAUCGAUAGCCUUGUUCGUGGACUUGGUGCCCUUCAACGUCUCGAGCUCCCUUGGAGCGAGGAGUUUGGCAACAGCACCCUUAACAUUGGGAAGAUUGAGGGUGGUGUUGCCGGGAACGUGAUUCCCGCCAGUGCAUCUGCGAUAGGCGGAGUAAGAGUAGCAGCCGGAACCCCGGACGAGGUGCGAGACUUGAUUCGUCGUGCUGUCUUGGAGAGCGACCCGAACCUUGAAGUCGAGUUUUCUACAUACGGCAUUGGGCCCGUGCCAAUCGAUUACGAUAUUGAUGGCUUUGAGACAAUAGUACUCAGUUACGGAACUGACAUUCCAAAUCUGAAGGGAAGUCACAAGCGGUACCUUUAUGGACCUGGAACCAUUCUCAACGCUCAUUCAGCUCAUGAGUUUUUGACCGUCUCGGAUCUUGAAGAGGCAGUCCGGGGGUACCGGGCUAUUAUUAGGCACGCACUCGGCGGAAAUUCUCAUUGA